AUGGCGGAUUCUCAGCUCAUCGACCCAAGUGACAACCACGAUAUGGAUAUUGACCAUCUCGAGGGCGUCAUUCAAUCUGAUGGCUUGGAUAGCCAGAAUGAUCACUUUGAUGGACUUGAUGGCUUCGAUCAUCAAAGCGACGUUUCCCAUAUUUCAGCUCCUUCCUCCACCGAAGACCAAAGUAUGGAAACUUUGAUGUCACUCAAUGAUAUCGAACUUGAGGACGGAAGAACCGCCCUUACAUUCAAGAAGUUUGGAGAAUUACCCGAGGAACUUCAAAUGAGUGUAUGGAAAUUCGCGGCACUUCAUGUCCGACGCACCAUCAUGAUGAGUUUUGGGCGAGAUAGUUUCACGUUUGUCAACUGUCCCCCCACACCAGCAAUUAUGCACGCAUGCCAUCAAGCUCGCAAAUACGGCUUGGAUAUCUACAAACCCGUCGAUGUGCAUGGAAUCCCUCGAGAUAUUGAAAUCCUCCCAGGCUAUGAGAAUUACAUCACGUGUGUCGCUUUUUAUUUCUACGUUAACCCCGUCAGCGAUGAUUUUGUCUUGAAAUUUGGAGAUGAGACCGUUCGUCCAAACCCCGUUUAUUGUCCCAUAGAGUCGAAAUGGCCUAAUAGACUUGGAUGGGUGGCUGCUGAACAGAGUCUCGAGGAACGGAUUCAGGCAUUGGAGCGCGAACGUAGACAAAUACGUAACAUACCUAAUCGACCUCCAAGACCAGGCGAAUCAGUUUUCCCCACUCCCGACAUCCUCCCGCAAUUCUUCACCAACAUCCGAUCCGUCGGCAUCAAUCUCAAUCUUCCCUUCGCAGAGGACUUUAGCUUUUCCAAUAUGAGUCCCGAAGUUCUCCGAUCCUGGGCUCGAAAUGCUAUCAAAACCACAUUCGACCAUUUGUUCACCCAGAUCUUAGAGCAGUUCCCCAAGCUCGAAUAUGCUUUUGCGGUUGUGAGAGCGAUUGGGCGUAGUAAUCAGGAAUUGAAUGAGAGGUUUGAGCUGGGGAAGGAGAAUUGGGGAACUGUGGGGAUGACGAAUGCGGAGGGUGUUAUUAUGGGGAAGGAAGAGUUUCAGCAGUUGGAGUUUGAGGGGAGGAGAUGGUUUAUGGAGAGGAUUGAUGGGGGUGGGGGGUUGAAUGUGGUGGAUUUUGAUUUGUAUGUUCAGAGGAAUCUUUAUUGGGAGAUUUAG